UUAAUAAAUCUUCGUAUGACUUUGCAAUAAGAAGACAAAUUUUAUUAUCUCACUCUUGUCCUCUUAUAGACACACAUGAUCCUUCCCCUCCUAACAAACUCACACCUAAAAAUACAUUCCAUCUCUCUUCUUGCAUAAUUCACCUACAUAUAAUCUCUAUUCAUUUCAUGUAUCUUCUAAACAUAAAACAAAAUUUACACCAUUCCUUUGUACUAAUUUACUAUGAAUAUAACUAAUCAAUAUGAUUCUGGCCCACCAUGCUUUAAUGUCUUCAGUUAGUGAUGAUUUUUUGACAGGAAAGGGACGGCCUCCAGUGGAAUGGAGCUCAAGAUUGAAGAUUGCUGUUGGUUCUGCCAAAGGCCCAUCCUAUUUACAUUCCUCCUGCAAUCUUAAAAUCAUUCACCGUGAUAUAAAGGCGUCAAACAUAUUGUUUGAUUUCAACUUUGAAGCAAAGGUUGCUGAUUUUGGUCUUGCCAAGAUUGUUCCUGAUACAAACACUCAUGUAUCUACACGCGUGAUGGGAACCUUUGGGUAUUUAGCUCCAGAAUAAGCUGCUAGUGGCAAGCUCACAGAAAAGUCUGAUAUUUAUUCCUUUGGAGUUAUAAACAUGACAACUUGGUUGAUUGGGCACAAACCUUUCUUAACCGAGUAUCUGAGGAAGGAUAAUUUGAGGGUUUGGCUACAAUGCUGA